UGUACCAGCAGAAUUACUUCUUCUAUCCUUUGUCAUUAUAUUAGCAAUAUACAUAAUAUCUCCCUUUCUACCCAAAAAAAAUCAGUGAACAUACAAAAGUAUUGCUUCACUUUAAAUCACCCAAAGUUCUCACUAGUGAAGUCCACGUUGUUAGUCUCUUUCUUCUUUUCUUAUUGGAGUGGCCUGAAUUCCUAGAAAGUUCAAAUUCACAAGAACCCAGAUUUAAUCUGUUUGCUGUAUCACCUCACGAUAAUUCUGAGAUUCCUGAACAAAUAGAUAAGUGGAGUUUUGAAGAGAAACAAUUUUUUGAAAAUGCUUUUUCUUAGUACAAUAAUCAGGGUUCUCAAACUUUUUUUGAAUUUAUUAUUUCAAAACUCCCUUAUAAGUCAAUGCGGGAAGUAAAAAGUUACUACAUAGCUUUUUUCAAAAACGUUGAAAUGGAGAAUUCUCCAGAGAACAAUGAUGUGUUCGUUGUUUCUGAUGAUGAUGGUCAUGAUCAACAACAUCACCUAGUGCAACAGGAAGAUAAUCAUCGUCCAUGUCGUCGUCGGGGAACUCCAUGGACUAAAAACGAACACCAGUUGUUUCUUAUGGGACUUAACAGAUUUAAAAGAGGAGAUUGGAAGAGCAUUUCAAGAUACUAUGUUGUUUCAAAGACACCGACACAAGUGGCCAGUCAUGCUCAAAAGUACUUCUCUCGUCAGGAUAGUAAGACUCCGGUAGAGCGUCGUCGCCCCAGCAUCAAUGACAUUCAAACUGUCAAUCUUAAUCUCAAAACAGCGCCAAUAACAACUAUGGGAGCUACUUAUCUGAUCAAUAAUAACAGAUUUGCUUAUAACAAUAAUCAUCAAGCCGCUUCUUCAUCAAUACAUUUUCACCAUCCUAGUUACACCUUUAGUGGUCCAACAUUUAGCAAUAACUUCAAUGAAAAUUUUGAAAUAUCUCAUUUGGGUGAAACAUCUGGCAGCAACUCAUCUGUUAUGGGGAAAAACAACAACAACAAUAACUUCAACAAUCUAAAUAGGCCAGUGUCUCCUCGCCCAUUUCUUUCGACAUACUUGUCUUCAAUUAGGACGAAUGACCCCCAAGUUUAAUCAAUAUUAGGCAUUUAGUUAGAGAUUUUUGUUGCAUCAGUUAAAGUAUGCUUGUAAUAAUUUAUGAUUGUGUUGCAAAAGUGGAUAUUGAGUUUUAUGAGUUCGAA